AUGACCCGCAACUACCCACGACCACAGACAAAUGGACAUCAUGCCGACGAAGGCCCACGACCGGUGCCGAACGCAACGGUACCAUACUGGCGAACAGAACUUCAUCAUCUCGACGAAUUCAGAUCUACUGCAGAACUUCCAAAGGAUACCGAUAUUGCGAUCAUUGGAGCCGGCAUGUCCGGUGUAGCGAUCGCAUACAACCUCCUUCAGCUCUACGGCAAUGAAGCCAAACCCUCAAUCACCAUAGUGGAAGCCAGACAAGUAUGUUCGGGCGCCACAGGACGUAACGGAGGCCACGCCAAAGUCCGCUCCAUCUCCAUGCAAAAGAUCAUAAACGAACGAAACGCAGAGGCGGCCGAUGAGUAUGCGGCUUUCAUCAGUGAUCUUAUGCAUGGGCUCAAGACUGUGGUCGAGAAAGAGAAGCUUGAUUGCGAGUUUGAGGUUCGACGGACUUUUGAUGUGUUUCUUGACGAGAAAGACGCCAAAGAAGUUGGUGAUUUGUAUCGUGAGAGUGUUGCGAAAGGUCAUCGUUGGACCAGAGAUCGAGACAUGGUGCCUGUGGAUCGUGUGGAGCAGGUCACUUCUAUCAAGGGCGCUAAAGCUGCUAUGAGCGGACCAGCCUGCUCGCUUUGGCCAUACAAGUUUGUCACACAAUUGCUGGAACGUAUCAUCGAGGACAUCAACCUGCAGACGAACACUAUGAUGGAAGAGAUCUCCGUUGACUCCGCAACGGGGUUGAAUCUUAUCAAGACAGCUCGUGGCGUCCUGCGAGCAAAGAAGCUCAUCUACGCCAGCAACGGCUACACCGGAGGGGUUUGUCCCACGUACAAGAACAAGAUCGUACCUUAUCGCGGAACAGCUUCACACCUUGUCCCAUCGCCCGUCCCUGUAUCACCACACCUCUCUCACACAUACAACAUUGUCUACGGCGAGAAAUGCACCGACUACCUGAACCCCCGCCCAGACGGCAGCAUCGUAGUCGGAGGCGCCAACUACAGAUACAAAGAACACCGAGACCUUUGGUACAACAACUGGGAUGACUCCAAGCUCAUCCCAAACACCGAGUCACACUUCGACGGCCUAAUGCAGCGCAACUUCAAAGGCUGGGAGAAGAGUGGCGCUUUUCUCGAGAGGUACUGGACUGGAAUCAUGGGUUGCACUGCGGAUGGGCGACCACAUAUUGGACGGGUUCCGGGCCAGGAUGGUGAGCAGUAUGUACACGCUGGGUUUAAUGGUGGAGGAAUGACGCAGAUUUGGUCGUGCUCGAUUGGGUUGGCGAAGAUGGUGAAAGAUGGGAUUUCGUUUGAGGAGACGGGGUUGCCAGGCAUGUUUGAGGCUACGGCUGAGAGGCUGAAGGCGGAGAUGUGA